UGUAGCAUCUCCCCCUUUUCUUUUCCUCUCUUUUUCUAAGUUAGAAGUAAAGGAAAACUAGCUCAAGAAAGGGUUUAAGCCUUAGGUUCUUUUUGUUUUUACCUUGGUAAUAAUCUAGAGUUUCCUUUCUUUGGUUCAUGCAAAGUUGCCAAUCUUUAGCCAUGGAGAUCGAGCCAUCAAGUGAGGAGAAGAAGGCUGGGCCUUUCUCACGUGCAUGGGGUUGGUUCAAGGCCUUGCUUGAUAAGUUCAAGUGCAAGGUGGUCGGGACUGCAAAAAGCAUACAGAAGCUUGGACGAGAUGACCCCAGAAGAAUCACUCAUUCUCUAAAAGUGGGACUUGCUCUUACACUGGUGUCCUUACUGUAUUAUUCAAGAACCCUUUAUGAUAGUUUCGGGGUUGCUGGAAUGUGGGCUGUGCUAACUGUGGUAGUAGUCUUUGAAUUCACUGUAGGUGGAACCCUGAGCAAGAGUUUGAAUAGAGGUUUCGCAACAUUGUUAGCUGGUGCUUUAGGGGUCGGAGCUCAACACUUAGCAGGUCUCUUUGGGGAGAAAGGACAGCCUAUAGUUAUUGGAUUCCUUGUUUUCAUUUUAGCUGCAGCAUCUACAUUCAGUAGAUUCUUUCCAAGAAUCAAGGCGAGAUAUGACUAUGGAGUCUUGAUUUUUAUACUGACAUUCAGUUUGGUUUCUGUAUCCGGAAUUCGAGUUGAUGAACUCUUAGUACUAGCUCAUCAAAGGCUAUCAACAAUAAUAGUAGGUGGAGCAGCCUGCAUAGUCAUAUCAAUAUGUAUUUGUCCAGUUUGGGCUGGUGAAGAUCUUCAUAAGUUAGUCGCUUCCAACAUAGAAAAGCUUGGAAACUACCUUGAAGGUUUUGGAGAUGAAUAUUUUCAGUGUUCAGAAGAUGGAGGGAAGGGUAAUAAGGUUUCCAGCAAUAAUGACAAAUCGUUUCUUCAAGGAUAUAAGACCGUACUAAAUUCAAAAUCCUCUGAAGAUUCCAUGGCAAAUCUUGCAAGAUGGGAACCUAGACAUGGCCGAUUCGGUUUCAGGCAUCCAUGGAAGCAAUACCUGAAGAUUGGAGCAAUCUCUAGGAAAUGUGCUUAUCAUAUUGAAGUUCUUAAUGGCUGCAUCAACUCUAAUAUCCAAGUACCAGAAGAAUUCAAGAAUAAAAUUCAAGAAUCAUGCACAAAAAUGAGUGAAGAAUCAGGAAAGGCAUUAAAAUUACUAUCUUCAGCCAUCAAAACAAUGACUCAUCCAUCUCCUGCAAACACCCAUGUAGAGAACUCAAAAACUGCCAUUAAUGAACUUAAAGUUGCUCUGAAAUCUUGUUCAUUAGAUUAUGAAGACCUACUAGUAAUAGUACCAGCUGCAACAGUUGCAUCAACCCUAACUGAGAUUGUCAAAUGUGUCGACAAAUUAUCCGAGUCGGUCCAUGAACUUGCCAAUCAAGCUCAUUUCAAGACUGUUGAAGCUACCGUCUCACCGGAAAAACUACUUCACCGUGGUACGAUAAAUCCGGUCCUUGAUGGCGAAAGUGAUGAUCAUGUUGUCAUUGUAAUAGAUGGAAACCCUACAGAUUCACCAGAAAAUCAUGAAAAGAAUCACCCACCAAAAAUGCCUACCCGAGAACAUAUACAAGUGUAAAUAUCUUGUUAAUUAAUAUUUACUUUAACAUGUGGACUAGAUUAUUUUUUCAUUUAUUAUAGUUCACUGUUGAGUAACAUUAAUUAACUCUAGUUUAGUUUCACAACAUCUGUGAGAUAUUGAAGAGGGAAAAAUUAGAUAUUAGUGAAAAGUUUUCCCCAUUGUUUUUAUGUGUUUCUCGUAACAAGUUCUUGUAAUAUUUUGAAGGAAGUGCUCUUCCUCUUGAUGAAUAUUCAAUGUUGCUUUUAUUUU